CUCGCAGCGUUGCGGCGUUGGUCGCAAUCAGUCGCAAUUAGUCGAUUGCGCGGUAACGGUUGUGUCAGUUGUCGCUUGUUGGUUUUGCUUUCCUGGAAGCGAGAGGCGAGGACAAAUCGCGAGGAGGAAUCGCGCGCGCAAAGCGAACACGGCGUUUCUCCGCUGAUAAGUGUUUCUCCUCUUGAAGAUAAUCACGGUGAGCGUGUUGUGAAACGUGAGCCCGCGAGAUGAGCACUCCGGUGAAGAAGGUGCCCAUUCAUCUGCAGAGCGCGCAGAACAGAUUACUGAUCAAGAAUGGCAAGGUUGUUAAUGAUGAUGGAAUGAUCGACAGUGACGUCUACAUCGAGGAUGGCAUCAUCAGGCAAAUGGGACGCAAUCUCAUUAUACCAGGUGGUACGAGGGUCAUCGAUGCGCGAGGAAAAUACGUAAUGCCCGGUGGCAUAGAUCCGCACACCCAUUUUGAGUUCGAGUUUAUGGGUGCCAAGUCGGUUGACGACUUUUAUCAGGGCACGAAGGCCGCUGUCGCUGGUGGUACCACGAUGAUCAUCGACUUUGUGAUACCAAGAAAAGAAGAGAGCCUUGUGGAGGCAUACGAGAGGUAUCGGGAAUCGGCGGAUCAAAAAGUUUGCUGCGAUUAUGCAUUACAUGUCGCCGUCACGUCUUGGAGUCCGAAGGUCAAAGAGGACAUGGCGACGUUGGCGAAAGAACACGGUGUCGGUAGUUUCAAGAUGUUCAUGGCGUACGCCGAUAUGUUUAUGCUCAGAGAUCCGGAGCUGAUUGAAUCUUUCAAGACGUGUAAAGAGAUCGGUGCCGUCGCCAUGGUGCACGCGGAGAACGGCGACAUUAUCGCCGAGAAUGCGAAGAAACUGCUGGCCGCGGGGGUAACCGGCCCGGAAGGCCACGAGAUGUCACGGCCGGAAGAAGUCGAAGCAGAGGCUGUGAAUAGAGCGUGCGUUAUCGCGAGUCAGGUCAAUUGUCCGCUGUACGUAGUGCAUGUGAUGAGUCGUAGCGCCGGCGAGGAAGUGACAGCCGCGCGUAAACGCGGUGUCUGCGUCUUCGGCGAGACUUUGGCGGCCGCGGUCGGCACGGACGGUACCAACUGCUACCACAAAUGUUGGAGACACGCCGCCGGCCACGUUGUAAGCCCACCUCUAAGAUUAGAUCCAGAAACGCCGCAAGUGCUCGUGAACAUGCUGGUCAAAGACAAUCUUCAAGUUAUCGGCAGUGACAAUUGCACGUUCAGCACCGAGCAGAAGUCCUUGGGUAAGGAUGAUUUCACGAAGAUUCCCAACGGCGUGAACGGCGUCGAGGACAGGAUGUCGGUGCUCUGGGAGAAGGGUGUGCAUGCCGGCAUAAUGGACCCCACGCGUUUCGUCGCGGUCACUAGUGCAAACGCCGCCAGAAUCUUCAAUAUAUACCCGCAAAAGGGAGUCAUAGCCAUCGGCUCGGAUGCCGACAUUGUCGUCUGGGACCCCAACAGGAAGCGCACCAUUUCCGCCCAGACUCAUGUCCAGGCCGUUGACUUUAACAUCUUCGAGGGUAUGGAAAUAACUGGUGUACCUGAAUAUGUGAUUGUCAAUGGACGCGUGUGCGUGGACGAUUGCGAAGUCAAAGCUGUUCACGGAUUUGGCAAGUACGUGAACACGGAACCAUUCGGCACCUAUGUGUAUGACAUGAUAACUGACAAGGAAAAGAGACCACGUGGAGUAGCACGGACCGAGGCGGAAGCGAAGAGAUACGCCGAGGAAGACGCCGCAAUCGCAAGGGCUAAAGAUGAAGCGAAAGCAGCCGCCGUGGCACGUCAACUUGCCAAUCAAAACGGCACGUUUCAUCAAGGUCCGAAGAUGAAAUUGCAAAGUGGUACCUGUACGCCCACCUUGCCGGAGUCCGCCGUAGUAACACCAUCUACGAAGGGUCCAAGACUCGAAGGGCAGAGGAACUUGCAGGAUACCACUUUCUCCAUCAGCGAGGACGUCGAAGAAGCUCGAAGGGCAUGCAUUCGCGUGAAUAAUCCACCGGGCGGUCGCAGCGCGGGAGGCUUUUGGUAAUUUGCACAAAAAAAAGAGAGCAUCAGGAUUCGCUUUGCGUACGAGGAUUAACGCGAGAAAUUAAUGGAAUUCAAUCCUCCUUUCCUCUCCCCAUCGUCAUAUUCCUCCCGUUCAUCAACGCACGUGCACACACAUUUCAUUCGUUUCGAAGAGCAUCAGCCUCGCUUUCAGGUUCGCUAACUCAUUAAAUAAUUACGCUAAGUUCAGUCGUUUUCACACUGUGUGUUCUCAUCGAUCAAGGUCUGUCCCAUCAAAGGAGGAUGCGGGAGCCGCUGGUCAGUAGAGAGCUUUGUACGUUCAUACACUCAUGUAAUCGUUCCACUUUCGCUUCAUUAUCGCUUCAUCGCUGCACCGUAUCUCACUGGCGUGCUUGAAUCAUUGAUCUUAAUCCGUUCCUCCGUGAUUUCAACAUUCGUGGGCAAUCGUGUUCUCCCGGGUCUUCGACGACGUUUACAUCAGACGGAUUCUCUUCACAAUGACUUUUGUUAUGUAUUUUGUUCAAAGAUUUAUUUAUAUCGUCGUGCACGCGUAAAGAUAUAUAUGAUUUGUGUCACAUCAGAUUUAAAAGAUGUACAUUUAAUAUUCGUACGUUGAUAAUUUUUUAAAAAGUUAACUAUACAUUUAUGUAUUGCAUUCGAUAAAAUUGAUUCUCCUGUGAUUGGUUAUUGAUUAUUCCGAAUGAAUUUUAGAACGAAAGUUCUUCCAAGCUUGAAAAUUCAAGCUUAAGAACGAUUCGUUUAUUUUUCCGAUGUUUUAUUUGUUGUAUGGAUGAUUGUAUUUGUCAUGGAUUUUCACAAAUAGAACUCGUUUCUCUUACAUCGCGACUGCUUCAAUUCAAAAAAGAGAAAUUCAAAGAGAUAUAUAAUGACCAGAUAUAAAUAUGUUAUUACGAUACGCGCGCGCGAGGCAAAAGCAAUUGUGAUAUGUCACAAUUAUCAUCAUUAUUAAUAAGAUAGUUGCUUGUUUAUAUUAUCGACGAUAGGAGAACUCGCAUUGGAAAAGAGUUGCGGCUCAAAAGGAGGCAGUAAAAAAACUUAACAUAUGUUAAGUUAACUCUGCAUUGAGCCAUCGAUAAAAAGUUAUGUUUAUUUAUGACGUAACGUUACGUAUAUAUAUGUAUAUGGACUAGUUGCACUCUGGCAAUUAUAUGUACGCUUGUGUAAAUCAAAGAUCCAUUGGAAUUCUAUUCUAAAUUCUUCAUUUGCGAUCGACAUCAUCGUCUGUUAUGCACAUACAAAAUUUUCAUUGUUAAAUAAGGGUUACAAGCUUUUCAUCAGCAUAAUUAUUAUUAAAUGUUACAGGUUGAGCGUAAAAAUAUUUUGCACGUAGUUAUACACAAAGAAAUAUAUAUAUAUAAUUAAUUUAUUCGUCGAUUUAACUCUCACUUGUCUCAUUUAUUUCUCCAACGAAGCAUAAAUGUUAAUGUUGCGUUAUCUUAUGGUGUUUGAUAGGAAAAUGUUUCGUUAGGUGCAGUUAAGUGUACAUACGGAGAAGUGGUCCUAGUUUACGUUUAAUUUAUAUAAUCGCUGUUACGUAACUAGUUAUUGUCGCAGAAGUUUACAUGCGUCUUAUAGUUUUGCUGACGGUGUUGAUUAAAAUUGAACGUUGCUUUUUUACAUCGAUUGUGAUGAAUUCGUACAUGUCAUCGGCAUUAAGCAUCGUGUAAAGCUGCAAUCCUGAUAUCUGAGAUGAUUACCAUUUUACGAUCACGUUCUCGACAGAAAUUUGUACUUGCUGUAGAAUCUUAGGAGCAAUAUAUCAAGGAGACAAGAUGGUUCUAAGUCGAACGAUGAUUUAUACUUUGAUAACUAAUAACAGAAGGACCGCGAGAUUACCAGUGAACUUAAGGAUUUCCGUUUAACGUAUAAAUAGAUGUACUGUAAGUCUUAUCGGUAGAAGUUCACGGUGACGCUAUUAUCGCGAUUCACGGCGAACGAGCGCACGACAUAAAACGACGCACAAAUUUUUGAUAAUAUUCGCCGUAGAGAAACCAUCGCGGUGAAAGUAGAAGAUCGCGUUUUAUAAGGAUCGCACAUUCACUAAUUGUAUAAAAAAACUUUCAAAUUAAGGGGCACAUUCAGACGAGUCAUGUAUUCUCACGGUUCAUGUAUCGUUGUUGAACACUUUACUCGAUCCAAAUUUUCCCAACAUUCCAACAUCUGUUUCUUUAGGUCUGUUUUUUAUUGCUGAACUGGUGCAAUACGUUAAAGUGAGAUAAGUAUAUUUUUUUCUCACUCUUAACUUAUUGCCCCAGUUCAGCAGUGCAGGAAUAAAAAAACAGACCUCUUGAUACGACCUGAUUGGGGGUGUAUCGAAUAUUUCUCUUUACCAGUCUUAUCCCUGUCUGAUAACAUACUUUAUUUACGACGUUAACACUUAUAUUCGUAACUGAAAGUACCGUAUAUUACCGACAUUUAUCUGACAGCACAAUAACAUUAAGGAAUAGCAAAGAUAAUAAAUUGUAAUCGCAUAAUCAUCACACAUAACGAGUAUUAAUUGUGUAAUCAUUAAUGUGUAAGAAUCGCAAGUCGUACGAAUAGAGGUUUACACGAACAGUCUGCGAAAGACCAAAGCUUUCCGUUCGAUCGAUUUUCGAGAGAGAGAAUUUAUCCAACGCAACGUCGGAAAUCAAAAGUUUCUUAAUAGACUUUUUAUUAAAAUCACGCAAACUUUCUAGUUAUUUCUGUACUAAUAUUAUAAUAAUCGGAACGUGUGAAACGUGACAUGAGAUUGUAUCUUUUGUAUAUCUGUAUGGAUUCAUUUCUGUAAACGUUAUAACACUUAACACAAAUUGCUCGUUUUCAUUGCGAUUUUUAUACGAUUUUCAUUAUGAUCUUUAUUCGAAAUCGUUUUACUCGAGAGGGGAAACAGUUUUAGAAAAUUGCAUUGUUAAAACCAGAUUUUUGCUUGAGGUAUUACGAGCAGCCGAAAGUAGCGAAUUACAAGACAAACGUGAAUAUUGAUUGACAAAGUAUAUAUUAUCUUGUGCAUCACAGAUACUUUAACGUAUUGUUAUCGAUAGAACCUCACUGAGAGUUAUUAUAGUUUGCAUGUGACGCCGUUAAAUACUUUAUGACAAGUAUAAAAGAUUUCUUACGUUAUCAUUGUUGGACGUCUGCAAUCCGAACGGCAUAUGUACGAUAUGGCUUGAGAUAGCGUACCAUGAUUAUCAAUGUGUUCACGUUAUGUGACCUGGUGUCGAGUAUAUUCGGAAAAACGGAUGUAUAGUUUAUCGAUAUAAAUGAUCCAGCUAGAGAAUAUUCUAUUUAUGUCUGUUACAAUGUGUAUGUGAUCGCUUUAAAUAAAUAUAACGUGACGUCAGUAA